AUGGUGACGAUUGUAUUUGAUGAAGUAAAUGUAUUUACAUUUCCUCAUAGUCGAAUUAAAAAACUAAUGAACUGUUGUACUUCAAAAUUUGGACAUACAGAUUUCACCAGUUUAAAUGAUUUUGAAGAAUUAUUAAUAGGUUUACAGUGUAUAUUUACGGAAUUUAUGGCACAUGAAGAAAUUGAAAAUCAUUUAGUUAUGAAAAAAUUAAGAAAAAAAUUAAAGCAAAAUUCGCCAAUGGACGAUACAGAACUUAUUUGUAAUUGUCAUAAAGUUGAUCGUUUUACACCAUUAAUGGCGUUAUUUCGUGAUGGCUAUGCAUUUAUACGACGAGGCAAUGCUGAUAGAAUGUCCUAUGGUGUUAGAUUACAUAAAGCGAUGAUUACUUUUUACAAUGAUUUUGUUCCACAUAUGAAUGAAGAAGAAAAUGGUAUUCAACCAUUACUUUCGAAAUACUUUACUGAUAUUGAAUUGAAAAUGAUGCGUACACAAGUUAUUAAAAUGACUUUAAAAAAACGAGAAGAUUCAACAGUCAAUAUUGUCUAUCGAAUUGAACGACCAUUGAAAAUUCAUGUUCUAUCCUAUGAACGAAUUCUAUCAAUUGAUUCUUUACCACAUAAUAUUUUGCAAUUUAUUAUGAAUUAUUUACCUGAUCGACAAAUAAAGCAAUCUUGUCUUCGAGUUAAUAAACAAUGGAAUCAGUGUGCAUCUAAAGUUUUAAAACAACGUUCACCAAUAUCACAACUUCCCGAUGAAAUAGUAUUGCGUAUAUUUAAAUUAUAUUUGAAUCCAUAUGAUUUGUUUAAUUCAUGUAUACGUGUUAGCAAACAAUGGAAAUAUAUUAUUAAAGAUAAAACUAUUUGGAAAACUAUUAAUCCUAUUAAUUGGACAAGAGGUCAAUGGAAUUCAAAUCUUCCAUUAGAAGAAAUGCCUGUCGAUCAAUAUAAAAAUCGUUCAUUGACAAUGAAUGAAAACCGAAUAAUAUCUGGCCUUGUUAAUUAUUUACUUCCUAAUUAUGGUCAUUCAAUCGAAAAUUUGAUUUUAUAUGGAAGUUUAACCAUCAAUGAUAACAUAGCACGAAAAAUAUUUGAUUUAUGUCCUAACUUAAAACAUCUCAAUAUUGGAAUGACUAAAUUAACACCGAAAUCAUUUAUACAUUUUCGAUGGAUAAAUUCAUUAGAAAAUUUAAUAUUAGAAGGAUGCGAAUUAAUGGAUGAUUAUUUAUUUAUAAAUAUAAUAUCAUCAUUAAUUUUAUCAAAAGAUUCUCAAUUAAUAACAAUUGAAGAUAAACAACAUUGCUCUAUAGAAAACAGUUCUUCACAAUUAAAUCGUUUAACAAGAUUUUCAAUAUGUGAAAAAUGUUCAAUUUCAUAUGAAAAUAAUUCAAAAAUAUUUCAAUUGAAAAUUCUGAAUUUAUCUGGUUGUUAUCAAAUAACUGAUUAUGGAUUAAAUUUAUUAAUAAGAAACGGUUUAACAGAGUAUUUAACAUAUAUUGAUUUAUCUGGUUGCAUUCGAAUCACUGUUGAUUGUUUAUCUUCAUUAGUCAGUUCAUCAAGAAAUUUACCAAGUGAAAAUAUUUAUUUUUGUGAUAACCUUUCAUCAUGUUUAUUAUCAACAGCAAAUUGUUGUCGAAAUGUUGAGAAUAAUUCGGGACGUUAUUGUUGCCGAUCGCAUAAUUAA